CAUGUGCGAAGGUGUCCAAACUGACAAUGCUCGUGAGAUGAAGAUAGCGCUGCUGCUGCUUCUGAGCUCAAGGAGGACGCGAGGAAUCUACAAGCCGACAAGAUGAGAUCCAAGGCGAGGGCGAGAAAACUGGCCAAAAAUGACAGUGAGUCAGCAGACAGUAUGUACAACACAGAGCCCAAUCUCAUGACUGGCGAGAGCGCAGAAGAGGAGACAGAAGACAGCAUCAUGUCACCCAUUGCAGUGGGGCCCACGUCCCCUCAGCCCUGCAAUGAGGACUUCACUCCUAAAGAGGGCUCACCCUACGAGGUGCCUGUCUACAUUCCUGAUGAUAUUCCUAUCCCGUCUGACCUGGAGCUCCGUGAGUCGUCCGUUCCAGGUGCUGGCCUUGGGAUCUGGGCCAAAACCACAGUUCGGAUGGGAGAAAGCUUCGGACCAUACAACGGAAUGCAAAGUGCCAUGGUUAAAGAAACCACUUACGGAUGGGAGCAAAUGCUGAAUGAUCAUGAAACAUCGUCUCAAGACAGCUGUAUUAAAAAGGUCGGACUCUCUCUGCAGGGUCUUGUCCAGUAGACCAGUGGGGACAGAAGACACUAGUUUCUGUAUCUUUAAUGUCAACAUACAAUGGCAUUCAUAAUCUUUUUACUUCCAUAAUGUGAUGAACAGUGGGG